AUGCAUGUCAAUGCUUUGCAGAAUUGCUUGCUCCUGGGCCUUGCCAUCAGUCAAUUCCAGCCGGCCCUGACUCAGGAAACCCCACCUUCGCAAUGCGCUACGGGUGUGCACGCCAUUUUGAUGCGAGGUCAAGGCCCUGGCGAUCAUCUAAAUGUCAUGGUAUCCGUCCAGAACCUGGUCCUACAGCUCAUUCCAGGCUCGAGUAGCGUUGCGCUUCCCUACAGUCACGGUGCAGAUGACCACCGCGUUGCUGCUUCUAAUGGCACCUACAUGAUGCAGGAUUACAUUCGGUCUUAUGUCGCUAGUUGUCCAGACUCGAAAAUUUUCAUCAUCGGGUACUCUUUGGGCGGAGUCGCGAUGAUGGAUGGGUUAUGCGGUACGAGUUCCCAGUGGCUUUUCAAAGUUCCUGCCAUAGAGCCUCAUUUCAACCAGAACGUGAUUGCGGCUGUAUCAUACGGCGAGGAAACAUAUGUCCCGGGACUCUCAUAUGACCAUGGAACUUGCACUGACGGAACAGGGAUCUAUCCACGAAUUCAUCCGGAAUGGUGCGACCCAUUCCUCUCUUCUAUCCGGAGUUACUGCGAUGAGGGUGAUGGCUCAUGCUGUUUUCGGUUCCUACCGCCGAUAACCGAUCCCGCGCACUUUCUCUAUAUUUUUCGGUACAACAUGGAAGUGAUUCAAUUUGUACAGCAACGCCUAAAAGCAACCCAGUCACAAUAG